UUUCACACAGAGUUCACUCAUUCUUCAUUAUUUUCAUUUAUACGCAUGAUAUUGAAGCUGAAUUAUUCACUUUAAUAUCUCAGAACUUAAUAACGAAGCAUUUUGUGGACAUCUUUAUCGUCCGUCGUUGUGAAAAGGCGUCAUUUCAGCGUGAUAGUUAAAUACGCAUAAACAAAGAUUACAUAGAGUUGAAUUGAAUUAUUGAGUGUAAAAAUGAGUUUAGCGAACUUUAGAGAGCAGCGCAGCACUGCGGGGAACCGCAUGUCUAAACUACUGGAUGCCGAAGAAGAAGAUGACUUCUACAAAACAACAUAUGGAGGAUUCAAUGAUGAGUCUGGUGAUGACGAGUACAGAGACAAUCACUCAGACACUGAAGACGAGGUGGACAGUGAUUUUGACAUCGAUGAAGGAGACGAACCCGACAGUGACCAGGAAGACGACGCUCCACGAAGAAAGAUCCGCGUCGUCACUAAAGCGUACAAGGAGCCUCUGAAGGUCUCUAAGCCCAAAGUCAAGCGAGUGUCUGAAGAACUGAAAACUGAACGACCCAAAACUGAGAGACGCGUCAUUCAAGAGCUGCAGGAGUUUGUAGAGAUCCGUAAGUCAGUUCGUAGGUCCACGAGUGAACACACACGUAAGACGAACGAGCGUCUGCAGCGGAAGCUGGAGGCGCCGCGGAAGAGGAAAGGUGCUCUAAACAAACACGUGCUGACGCAAGACGAGCUGCUCGCUGAAGCCAAACUCACCGCAGAGAUUAACAUACAAUCACUGGAGAACCACGAGCGUUUAGAAGCAGAUAAGAAGAAGCACGUACAUAAGAAGAGAAGGUUUGAAGGUCCAACGAUUCGUUAUCACUCAGUUUUGAUGCCUCUACUGCCAGAUUCACACAUGAAAGAAGAGAACGUGGAUGUGGAGGGGCUGGAUCAGGACACGCCCCAACCCACGCCCACUUCUUCUUCCUCUGUGCAGGGGGCGGGGUCUCUGUGCUCUCGCACUUACAUCACGUUCAGCGAUGAUGAAGCGUUUAACUCCGCCUUCCCCCUGUCAGCACAAUCCAGCCCGCCCUGCCCUGUUCAGGAAGUGUGUCCCGUUACACACAAACCCGCGUUGUACCGUGACCCUGUCACUGACAUCCCGUACGCAAAUGCUCGAGCGUUCCGCAUCAUCCGUGAGGCGUACCAGAAAUACAUUGCUGCACAUGGUUUCCCCAAUACUUCCAAAAACAUCGGUGCAAACAACGAGAGCGAUUCAUCCACCAAGAGUGCUCGGCCGAAAUCCGUCGUCAAACAGGGCGUGGUCACCACCAAGGCACAAUAAGAUGUGCAGGUGAUGUUGAGUGACAGGUGACUGUUGGAGUGGUUUUGAAUGUGUUUAAAUGCACAUCGCUCAGGUUUGAAAGUUUUUGUAACAAGUAAAGCAGGAACACGUACAGUGUAAAAAUACAUGAAUCUUAAUCAGUGCUUUUGUCUUGUUUACCUGUUAAAAAUAAACAAGACAUCCUUUAAACAAGAUUGCGUAACAAUUGCAUUACAUAUAUUAAAAUUUGGUUAACAACUACAUUUAUUAAGGUUUAUGCUUAAUACAAGAAAAAUACAUUUGGCAUGAUUUGAAGAUUUUUUAAAUAGUUUUAUUUGAAAACAAGUAAAAAAAAAUACCGAUUAAGAAAAUGUUUGGACUGAAUGGACACGGACACAUUUAUUUGCAACUGUUAUUCAAAGCUUCGUGAAUCAAAUGAGUCUGAACGGGUCAGAAACGGCCGUCUGUACAUGAUGGAGCACAGAACUGUGUUUGUAAUACAUUUGUACUUUUAUAUUAUUAUUAUCUACAGAUUGCAAGACUUCACAAGCACUUGCUCUGUUUCACUUUCUGAUUUCUUAUGUUGUUUUUACUGUGGUUUAUUGGGGUUUCCAUCCAAAAUGGCAAUAAAACUAAAGCAAAAUCAAAAUACUUUUAUCUUUGACUUUUUUCCUCCCAAGA